UCCUCGGUGAACCGGGUUUCCCUCCAACAACCAGCAAUGACUUUCCACAGGGAAUUCUACAAUGACGAGCACUACUCACCCUUCUGCCAGGAAGACCUGCAUGGUCUCUGGGGCCUGAAUGACCACCGAUUCAAGCACCUAUAUGGCCUCCACCGAGACCACCACCAUGACUACAACCAACACUGGAGCCCUUAUGGCUACAACAGAAGCUUUGGGAGCCUGUAUGGGAACAGGAGCUUGAGCUCUCAUGGAGGCUAUUAUGGGCAUGGGGACUUCUUUGGUUUUGGGCACCGCCACCCCUACUUUUCUCAGUUUGGCCACAGAUACUGGUAUUGAAGCUGCUAUCCAUGCUAAACCAGCAGACACGGAAGUCAAGAAAUGAGGCAGAUCCUUUGCUAAGACCAUGGUGCUGAGAAACGCUGGGUACCCAUA